AUGCCCGCCAUGUUCUUUCGCAGCUUGCAAAGUAGUCUCCGGUCCAGGAGUCUGCUUGCAUCCCGUCAUGGUGCACGUGCGAUGCAGACCAGCCAAGACGCUGCCCCUCGCUCGCCCGUGAGCAGCACGUUACCAAUGACGCAGUCGCAGUUUGCUUUCCUCUGCGCGGACGCUGCAGCUCCGGGUACCAGCAUCUCCAACUGCGCCGUAAUGUACAUCUUCCAGGAGGAGGACGUGGACGUCAAGAGUCUUCAGGAGGUUAUCCAGGACAUUGGCGUCAAGUACUGGAGCAAGCUCCACCUUCACUGCGGUGAUGGCGACUUUGCAGCUUUUUGCCCGUGCGUCAUGCAGCAUUCUUGCCACCAUGUCUUUGUAGCCCUUAGCAACAUGGUUCUUUCUCGCCACUCCCACAGCUGCGUUUUCUCGCACUGUCUUGCGCGGCGGCCAGGAAUCAACAGUGCAGCCCGGGAUUUCAUGCGGGUGACCUACACGGGUCUCUCCCGCGACGAAGUGCCGCUUCAAGUAUUCCCGGACACGUGCGGAUUGGAGGUCUCGAAACAAGUGGGCAGCGAGAAGCUCGCGCAAAACCUACCUUUCAAGGUCUCCGGUGAGGAGGCGCGCUUCCUGAUGCAGUUUCACAACCAGCCGCCUCCUGGCUGGACAGGCUGCAGUCGUUGA